UUAACACCCGUGACAGCUGACUGACUUAGCUACCUAUGGGGUUGCUCAUUCAGUCUACCAAUAUUUACUGCUUUAAAAGGAGCAUUUCGGUUAGGAUAAAAAAUCCAGGUGUGAAAGCUGUGCUUCAAGGAUUAUAAGAUCCAAGCCACCUUUUUAAACUGUGUAAUAAAAAGCACAAAAGCAUUUUAGAAAUGUCUGCAACGGUGGCAAUCAGGAAAAGUUCAAGAAUACCUGGUGUUAUUAUCACACAGUAUGUAGAAGAAAUACCACCUGGAAAAAGUACCCCAGACUUCACCAGAAAACCCAUGGCUGUAAACAUUAUGGAAGGUAAAUCGGCUACUUUCAGAGCAGCGGUGAAAGGAGAGCCAGCACCCACCAUCCAAUGGGCACGUAACAAAGGAGAUAUCUCAGAUCCAGAGAAAUAUAAUACAAGAUAUGAUGAAAAGACUGGAGAGUACAUAUUACAGAUAUUAAAUGUAACAGCUGACCAAGCAGGCAUAUACAAAUGUUUUGCUACAAACCCAUUUGGUAAAGCUGUUUGUACAGCUACGCUUAAAGUUAUUGAAGCUGGAUUCAGGAAAAAUAGGCCAGGGCAAAAUGAACCUGAAGACUUCAGAAAAAUGCUGAAGAAAACUGUAGUUGUGAAAAAAGCUAAACCAAAACCAAUGAAAGAGGGAGAGGUUGACCCAAAGUUUUGGGAGGUGUUAUUAAGUGCUCAGAAGAAAGAUUAUGAGCGCAUUUGUCGCGAGUUUGGAAUCACUGAUUUCCGAUGGAUGUUGAAGAGACUCGCCGAAAUGAAGAAGGAGAGAGAGGAAGAACAGGAGAAGUAUGUGGAAACAGUUGGAAAUAUGAAACCAAUAGAGAUUAAACCAAAUGGAAGAGCUGAAUUUGAACUUGACAUGAAGCUCAAGAAUCCCAAUAGCAACAUUUAUCUCUACAAGAAUGGUGAUGCAAUUGAAUAUGGUGAUGGCACGGAUGAUUCUUUCAAACACAAUCUGAAAAAAGUUGGUGAUAAAUAUUCUUUUAGCAUUAAUAACGUGUGCCCAGACGAUGCAGGCCUGUAUCAAGUGGAUGUUGAAGAUGCAAACAUGUUUUCAACUGAAUUGGAGAUUCCUGAUGUUGAAAUUGAUAGCAUUCUGAAGGAUGUCACAGUAGUCAAAGGAAAAGAUGCUACAUUUGAGUGUGUAUUAUCUGGUCCUGCGUCAAAAAUUACUUGGUGUGCCAAUGAUGCAUCCAUUGAGCCAGGGGAUAAAUACAACAUAACAGUCUCAGAAGACAUGCUUACUCACAAACUAAUAGUAAAGAACUGUGGAGCAGUGGACAAUGGUACCAUCACAGUUAUUGCUGGGGUCAAGUUAUCCAAAGCAGCUCUGACUGUAAAAGAUGAUUCAAAUGCCCUCCAGAAAGGCCAGAGAGGUACAGAUAAUGCUGAAAAGUUGAAUAAAGAGCAGGCCAGGAAGCUACAGGGCACAACAAACAAAACAGCUAAAGGAGCUGGUAGUAGUGGAUACAGCCUUGGGGAUGGGAUUGGAAAAGAUGGAAUCAUGGGAGAUGGAGGUAGUCAGGAGGCAAAGGGAAAAGGUGAAUUAGGAAAAGAUGGGUUGGGAGAAAAAGGACUACUCGGAGAUGGUUCAGGCAAAGAUAGAUCAGGAAAAGAUGGCCUAUCUGCAGUUGGAUCAAAAAAAGAUAGAUCGGGAAAAGAUGGACUGUUAGAUGAUGGAUCAGGAAAAGAUGGAGCAGGAAAAGAUGGACUAUUGGGUGAUGGGUCAGGAAAAGAUGGUUUUGAAGUAACUGGAGCUGGUGGAGACAUGACAAAUGGAGAUGAAACUGGAGAUUCUAAGCAUAAAAAGAACCUUGGAGCUGGCCUGUUGGUUUCUGACACAAACAAAGAACCCGAAGUCCGCUUUGUUAGUGGAUUGUCUGAUACUGCUGCCAAUCUUGGAGAGACUGCAGAAUUAUCUUGCACACUCAGCAGUAAGGACUCUAUUGGAAUUUGGUACAAAGAUGGUCAAAAGCUGGAAUCUAUGAACGGGAUUACUGUUUCCAAAGAGGGCGCCAUUCACAAACUAAUACUGAAGAAUUGUCAGGAGGGUAAUGCAGGGGUGUAUAGAUUUGAAGCAGAAGGACGGAAAUCAGAGGCCACAUUAACUAUUAAAGAGCCGCCAAAAAUUGAUGCAGAUGCCCUGGGUAAGUUCUCAGAAGCUGUUGUUGUAAGAGCUGGUGAAAAUGCAAUUUUCAAGCUUCCAUUCUCAGGAAAGGAACCAGUCAGGGUGCAGUGGUUCAAAGAUGAAGAGGAGAUUUUGAAAGGCCCUGGUGUCAGGAUUGAGAGUUCCUCAACCCAAAGCCAGCUUCUUCUUAAUAAAUGUCAGCGUAAAGACACUGGAGAAGUGAAAAUCAAACUUAAGAACGAAUUUGCCACCACUGAGGCUAGAACUAAGCUUAUUGUACUUGACAAACCAGGUCCACCACAAGGACCUGUAGAUGUGGUAGAAAGUUCACUCUCUGCUAUUGAAUUUAAAUGGAGGCCUCCAAAAGAUGAUGGGGGCUGUCCUGUGACCAAUUACAUCCUAGAGCGCCAGCAGGUGGGACGUAACACCUGGACUAAAAUUGGAGAAAUCUCUGCACAACCCGCAUACAGAGACACAGAUAUUGACCGUGGCAGGAAGUACUGCUACAGAAUAAGUGCCAAAAAUUCAGAAGGCAUUAGUGAUAUCAUUGUAACCGAUGAUAUUGCAGCUGGCACACUGGCUUUCCCUGGACAGCCUGCUUCUCCAAAGGUGGUCAGUGCUUUCAAGGACUGUAUUAAUCUAUCAUGGUUCAUGCCAACAAACACCGGUGGGGGAAGUAUUAUAGGCUACAAUCUGGAGAAACGCAAAAAAGGCAGUAAUGUCUGGAGUCAAGUGAAUCCUCUAAAUGAGCCAAUUAAAGAGAAAAAGUAUGCAGUGACGGAUGUGAUGGAAGGAGCCGAGUAUGAAUUCAGAGUGAUUGCAAUUAACACAUGUGGUCCUGGAGAACCGAGUGUCCCCUCUGAUAGUGUGUUUGCAAGAGACCCUAAAAAGCCUCCUGGGAAGAUUAAAGAUCUCAAGGUAACUGGUUCAAGUUAUAACACUUUGUGCCUGGCUUGGUCUAAACCAAAUGUGGUGAAAGGAAUGGAAGAUGAAGUAAAAGGGUACUUUGUAGAAAUCAGACCUACAGACCAAAUUGAGUGGAGCCGCUGCAAUACAAAUGCUAUUGUCCAGACCUAUUUUACUAUAACAGGUUUAAAGCCCCUAGCCAUGUACUGGGUCAGAGUGAUUGCAACCAAUGAAGGAGGGGAGGGAGAGCCACAAGGAUUUGACAACUACAUCACUGCCAUGCCUCCACCUGUAAAACCAAAAUUUACGGACCGCAAGAUGAAAAAUUUUAUGGUUGUGAAAGCUGGAAACACAGUCCGAGUCAGCAUAUGUUUUGAGGCCUCUCCUUUACCAGACAUCACUUGGCUAAAAGAUAAUGUGCCUGUGGCUAAACAUGUGACAAUUACUAAUUCUGAGAAGGUUUCCCAGCUGCUCAUUCCAACUUCCAAUCGAUCAGACAGUGGCAUCUACACUAUCCUUGUCAAAAAUAUGGUUGGCCAGGAAACGUUCAGUGUAGAUGUUAGAGUCACUGAUGAACCCAAACCUCCGGGUGAAGUGCAACUUGAGCAGAAUGUUGAGGGAACAUUAACUCUCACCUGGACUCCAUCUCCUGAUGAGAAACGAGAUGACCGUCUUCACUAUAUGGUGAUGAAACGAGACUCUGUUAAACGGACCUGGUGGACGGUAGCAGAUCACCUGUUCAACCACAAAUUUACCAUGGUUAUUAUGCAAGGGAGAGAGUAUAAAUUCCGUGUAUAUGCUAAAAAUGAUAUGGGGCUGUCUGAGCCAUCUGAGUCUCCAACAUGGGGAGCUGUUAAAAAGAAAGGUAAAUUCAUAGUAACCCAUCCAGAACCAAAGAACUUGAACUUCCAGUCAGCCCCCAAAUUCACAGUGCCUCUGAAACUGCACAUAGCACCAAAGGGUUAUGAGUGCUACAUGAGUUGUGCUGUGAGUGGUACACCAACCCCUCGUGUCACCUGGUAUCAUAACAAUGUUAGUCUCAACACAAAUACCAAUUACUACAUCUCCAACACAUGUGGAGUCUGCUCCCUGCUCAUUCUGAUGGUGGGCCCUAAAGACACAGGAGAGUACAAAGUUGUGGCAGAGAACCAUCUGGGCCAGGCUGAGACUUCUACCAAUCUCACAGUCAGAGAAUAAAAAAAAAAAGCCAAAACAUCUGCUGCAACAUGAACCCUGAGGCUAGAGCCCCUGGAUCAAACCAAGCUGUACUCAUUAGUAGUGGUGGCAUACUGUAGCCCUUUCUACUGAGAACAUUUUUUUUGGAACUUUUGUGAAAAUUCUGAGAGUCUGAAUUAAUUGUGUGCAUAUUUAUUAGAAUAUUCAACAGGAUAAACAUUAAGCCAAAUUAAUAUAACCUUAAUUCAUCUACUAAUUCUAAUUUGAAUAGAAUGAGAGAGAGAAUGUGAAGACUUAUUUUCUGGAAUGCCAAUGUAUUUUUGUUUGCUAAAUUUAGAACCAAAACUAUUAAAAAUAUCUAAAGAUUAAAGCUCACCUGAAGAGGAUAUGAGUAUUGGCUUUCCUUUUUUUUUUUUUUUUUGCAUGAUUCAGUAUAUUUAGUCUUCUGCAAAAUAUUUUCCUCUGUAAAAAAUGUAAUAAAACACUGAAUUACAUAAAAGAAAUAUGUAUUGAUUUACUGGAUAUUUUAAGGUUAAUACAGUAUGUGUUUUUCUACAGACAACUGACAGAAAAACACUAUUAAGAGACACUGGUGAAAAUGUUGAAACAUACAAAUUGUGACAAAGGGAUGACAUGGCUUGACAUUUUACGA